AUGCCCAAGUGUGACCUCAAAACCAGAUACAUACCAGCUACAUUCGCCUGGACCCUGCUGAUCGUAGCUACAACAUUGUUUUUUUAUUAUCCGGCCCAGUAUUACAUAUCCGACCACCCAUGGGUGCCAGCCUACCAAGGUGUCAUCACGUUUUUUGUGUUGGCCAAUUUUACCCUAGCCACUUUCAUGGACCCGGGAGUGAUACCUAAAGCCCCUCCUGAUGAAGAUAGGGAAGAUGACUUUAGAGCUCCACUCUACAAGAAUGUUGAUAUAAAUGGUAUUACAGUUCGCAUGAAAUGGUGUGUUACUUGUAAGUUCUACAGACCACCUAGGUGUUCCCACUGCAGUGUUUGUAACCAUUGUAUAGAGACUUUCGAUCAUCAUUGCCCGUGGGUCAACAACUGUAUCGGUAGAAGAAAUUACAGGUUCUUCUUUUUCUUCCUCAUAUCAUUGAGUAUACACAUGAUUAGUAUAUUCACUUUAAGUCUGAUAUUUAUAUUGAAGAGUGGCAAUGACUACAAUAAACCUCAGCCCAUUAUAUCUAUCGUGUUGAUAAUCUUGGUAGCUUUAUUGUCGAUACCGAUAUUCGGUUUGACUGGUUUUCACAUGGUUCUGGUCUCGAGAGGACGCACCACUAACGAACAAGUGACAGGCAAAUUCAAAGGGGGCUACAACCCCUUCUCCAGGGGUUGUUGGGACAAUUGCUGUUACGCUCAGUUCGGACCACAGUUUCCUAGUCUCAUUAAGCCCCAAAAAUACUACGCCAAACGAAAACAUUGUCCUCACGGACCUAUAGCGACUAUAACGAACGACAGCCAAGUGAAAACUUACAUGGACAACAGCAAUGGAGUCAGGAAUAUAAAUUCUAAUGCAUAUAACAAGAUGUCUCCGGGCCGAGAAGGCUGCGACCUCGACAUGGAGCCCUCGGCCUCCCAAUCGCAGGACUGCGAGCCUACGCCGCCCCUGCAGCGGCACGGCUCCAAGAGCAACUUCUUCCUACCGCCCAACGCCUCGGUGGCGAUGGGGGCGGACGGCGACUCGCCGCCUAGGGCGCAGGCGAGGGGCGGGCAUUACGCGCCGCCCCGCCACAGCCCGCAUCCCAGGCCGAGGGGGCUCGACCAGAACAGGAGCACUACCCCCGAUAGCUUGGGCCCCCCUCAAAGACCGUCGCCUACUAUGCAGCAAAGGAUCAAAGCGCUAGGAGUGCCGACGCCUCUGGCAUUGUCUAGUCCAGUUAGAAGAUCUAACCCGAGUACUCCGACGCAGCCGCGCAGGCCCUCAGACUUCGUCGGCGUGGUGUACGCCGCCAAUCCAUCGCCGGCCGCCCACUACUACGACUUCCAGCCGCCCCCCCACCACCACCACCAGCAGCACUACCCGCAGCAGCGCCAGCCGGACCAGGGCGGGCAUCAGAGAGGGGGAGGGGCGGGCGGAGGCGGGGCGAUGAUGGGGGAAGGUCAGGGCGUGCCCAUGUCCACCGGCUGGCCCCACCAUCAUAGUACCUACGGCAGCCCUCAGCGCCGCUUCCUCUCCGAGGGCGAGCUGGUCCGGCAAGAGCCCGCCCCGCUCUCCGCCCACCCGCCCCCCCGCUCCAACAACACCGUCGACAACAUCCGCGAGCUGGCCAACUCCCCCCAAAGGGGCGUGUACAUGUGGAAGGACGCCUGCUCGCCGACGGGACGCGCUGGCCAAUCGGCGGCCGCCGCGGAUUUCUAUCGGUCGAAUCCGACGAGUCCCACGCAGCAGACGUACGGGGGCGUGGCGACGAGGGCGUAUCAUCCGGCGGGGCGGGGCGGGGUGCCGGUCUUCCCACCGCAGAGUCCGCAGGUGCACCGCAAACCCUUGGGCGGCAGCACGCCCACCGUCCGCCGCCCCAUGUCGUUCGUGCGCGCCCUCGAGAUGACCGACGCGGCCGCCCAGCCGUCGGACUGCCCCAAGCAGCAGGGGGCGGGGCGAGCGGGGCCGCCCCACCCGCAGCCGAGCCCGCCCGACCGCGCCAGCGUCUACGACACGAACUACGAGAUAUCCGUGUAGGGUAG